AUGAGGUAUCCAGUAAUACUUCAGCAGGUUUCUGGGAGCAAUAGUGUUACUUACAGUUUCCUAGAAAGUGGUAAUGUUCUGAAAGAUAGUUCUAUAUCUCCUGUUGGUAUCAAUACCUUGGGCACUUUGGUCAAUGAAGGUUUGCAAAGUCAGGACAGCUUUGGAAUGUGGAUGAACAUCAUACCAGAUACACCAUGUUCUAUAGAUGAGUCAGCUCUCGAAGCACCAAUUUCUUCAUCUGUUCAUGAACCAUAUUUGUCACUGGAGGCUGAUAAUCAACAACAUUCUCUGCCAGAACAAGUAUUUAAUCUCACUGAGGUGUCCCCUGCAUGGGCAUCUUCCACAGAGAAAACAAAGAUCUUGGUGACUGGAUAUUUUCAUAAUAACUAUCAACACCUUGCAAAGUCCAACCUACUGUCUGUCUGUGGUGAUGUAAGUGUUCCUGUAGAAAUUGUUCAAAUUAGAGUUUACCGGUGCUGGGUAUCACCACAUUCUCCUGGAUUGGUGAAUCUCUAUUUGAGCUUCGAUGGCCAUAAGCCUAUUAGCCAAGUUGUUAAUUUUGAGUAUCGUACUCCUAUUUUGCAUGAUCCAACUGCUGCAAUGGAAGACAAAUACAACUGGAAUGAGUUUCGACUUCAGAUAAGGCUUGCUUAUUUGCUCUUUGCUACAGAUAAAAGCCUUAACAUUUUCUCAA